AUGAGCGUCGCCGACAUUGAAUUCCUUGCCAAAUCCCCCAACGCACCUUUCGUCGCUGCGGUUGGCGAUAGUGAUGCCCCGGCCAACGCGGUGUCGGACGAGCGCCUGCGCGAGCUGGGGUACAAGGCCGAGUUCCGUCGCGAGAUGUCGCUGUUCGGCGUGCUGGGCAUCUCGUUCUGCGCGAUUGGGAUCCUGACGGGCAUGAGCAGCGCGUUCCAGACGGGUCUGUUUUCGGGUGGGCCGCUCGGGUUGUUCUGGGGGUGGAAUAUCUGCAGCUUGUUCAUGCUGCUCAUCGCACUUUGCUUGGCUGAGAUAUGUAGCACCUAUCCGACGAUGGGCGGUCUGUAUUUCUGGGUGUGCAAGAUGAAGCCCGACGCGCCGUUCCUCGGCUUCUGCACAGGCUGGAUAUACUCCAUCGCGAUGGUGUUCACCGGGACGUCGGGAAACCUGAGCGUCGCACUCUACAUCGCGUCGCUCGCGGAGGUGGGCCAGGGCCGCACGCUGACGAGGGUGGAGAUCGCGGCCAUUGCCUGGGGCGUGAACAUACUCUCCGGGAUCAUGAACACGAUCGGGACCAAGGCGAUCGGCAACAUGAGCUCGUUCAAUGUCUGGUGGACGCUCGGAGGGACGUUCGUCCUCGUCAUCACGCUCUUGGUCAAGGCACCCGAGAAGAACACCGCUAAAUUUGUCUUUACGGACUACGAAAAUUUCACGGGAUGGGGUUCGCGCGGCUUUGUCGUUCUUCUCGGAUUCCUGCAGGCCGUCUAUACGCUUGAAGGCUGCGAGACCGCCGCACAGGUUGCUGAAGAAGCCAAGCGUGCAGAGAUUCUCGCUCCCCUCGCAGUUGUCGGCUCCAUCGUCGGAUCCUGGUUCAUCGGGCUCGCGUAUAUGCUCGCGCUGCUCUUCUCCGUCCAGUCGAUCCCGAGCGUGCAGAGCACGAUCUACGCCCUGCCCAUCGCACAGCUCUACUACGAUGCGGUCGGCAAGCGCCUCACGCUCAUGUGCCUCACCGUCAUCGCGCUCGCGCAGUUCAUGGCGGCCGUGACGGCGUUCACGGCGAGCUCGCGGCUAUUCUACGCGCUCGCGCGCGACGACGCGUUCCCGCUUAAGGGAAGGUUCAUGGCGCUCAACCGGUUCCAGGCGCCGUAUUGGGGCGUCUGGCUGUCUGUCCUCGUCGCGAGCAUCAUACACUGCGCUUACAUCGGGUCGGCGAUUGCGUUCAAUGCGAUUCUGUCCUCUGCAGCCAUUGCCGUCAUGCUGAGCUACCUGCAGCCCAUCACGAUCCGUGUGUUCUGGCCAGACUCCCUCAAAGAACGAGGCCCGUUCAGCCUGGGAAGGUGGUCCUGGACCAUCAACCUGCUCAGCUUUUUGUUCACCGUGUUCAUCUGCGUGCUGUUCAUCCUCCCGACUGCACACCCCGUCAACUCGCAAAACAUGAAUUACGCUGUCGUCGCCGUAGGGGGGAUCCUGAUUCUCGUUGGGCUGACGUGGGUUUUCUGGGGGCGGUAUACGUUCAAGGGUCCCGUACAUACCGUAGACGGCCCAGACAUGCAAGACUCGGAUCGCAAGAUGGAGUGA